AUGGCGUCCGAUUCCGGCGACCCGACGAACUGCGGCGCCACCACCAUCCUCGCGGCGAGCUCCUACCACGUGAUCAGGAUCGACGGCUACUCGAGAAGCUUGAACACCCAGGGCAACCGGCCCUCCUUCAACUCGGACCCGUUCCGUGCGGGAGGCCGUACCUGGCACGUCAUCUACAAGCCCAUGGGAAGCCCGUGCUGCCCGGAAAACACCGAGCACAUCUCCCUCUUCCUUGCUCUCGAUGACGACCUCGCCGAUGGUGAGGUGGUGGUGGCCAGGGGCACAUUCAGCCUUCUCGACCGGGACAGGAAGGUCACGGGAGCAGAGAGGUUCGUCAGGAGGCAGGACCUGGAGCGAUCCGAGCACCUCAAGGGCGACUGCUUCGCCGUCAGGGUACACGUCUGUAUCUUCAAGGGAGCGCCACCCGUCGCCGUGCCGCCGCCGGACAUCCACCGGCAUCUCGGUGGCCUCCUGUCCGGCGAGGAGGGCACCGACGUCGAGUUCCGAGUCCGCGGGGAGACGUUCGCCGCGCACCGGUUCGUGCUUGGGGCCCGGUCGCCGGUCUUCAGGGCGGAGCUCUUGGGCCCAAUGAAGGAGGGCACCGCCACGGACGCCGUGCAGGUGGAAGACAUGGAGCCGCAAGUGUUCCACGGUUUGCUCACUUUCGUGUACACGGAUGCAUGGCCAGAGACUGAGGAAGAAGACGAGUGCGUCAUGGCUCAGCAUCUGCUCGCCGCCGCGGACAGGUACGACCUGCCGAGGCUGAAGCUGAUGUGCCAAGACAAGCUGCGCCAGCGCAUGGACGCAAGCUCCGUGGCGUCCAUCUUGGCGCUCGCGGAGCAGCACCGGUGUCCUCGCCUCAAGGAGGCAUGCUUCAAGUUCCUCGCCUUCUCCUCGGUAGCUUUCCUCGAGGCCAUUGCGUCAGAAGAGUUCGAGUACUUGGCCCGGAGCUGCCCAUCUGUUACCAGGGAGCUAAUUUCCGGCCUUCUUGCUCGUGAUCUCGAAAAGACAACAUUAGGAGAACUUUGCUCCCGGAUACCUUUAUUUCGCGGCUUAUGACGAGGGGAAAAAGAAUGUACACGAUCGAUAUGACGCAUAUAUGU